AUGUGGGGUCAGUGGGCCCAGUGCAGCAGCGACUGUGGAGGAGGAGUCCAGACGAGGAAGAGGAGCUGCCAGUCUCCAGCGGACGAGUCAUAUCUGUGCGAGGGCGUUCUGGAAGAGGGGAGGCCCUGCAACUCACAAGCCUGCUCCACCAACACCAGGACCAGCAAAGGGCGCCACCUCUCUCGCAGCCAGUCCCUGCGCUCCGUGGACAGCCGAAAGCGCGAAGACGUAGACAAGGCGCGCCCAGGACCCCAGAGCCAGCAGCCAGUGGAGCCGGCCUCUGGGGAGGAGUGGUCGGCCUGGAGCGUGUGCUCUGCCACCUGUGGAGAGGGCUGGCAGAGCCGCACUCGCUUCUGUGUGUCGUCCUCCUACAGCACGCAGUGCAGCGGGCCGCUGCGCGAGCAGAGACCCUGCAACAACUCAGCCGUGUGUCCAGUGCAUGGUGCUUGGGACGAGUGGUCGCCAUGGAGUCUCUGCUCGUCCACCUGUGGGCGGGGCUACAGGUCCCGAACACGCACCUGUACCCCGCCACAGUUUAACGGAGACAAAUGUGACGGACCCGAGAAGCAGACUAAGUUCUGCAACAUAGCCGUGUGUCCAGUGGACGGUGUGUGGAAUGAGUGGUCCAGCUGGAGUUUGUGUUCUGCCACUUGUUCAAACGGGACAAUGCAGAGGACGCGAGAGUGCAACGGCCCCUCGUACGGAGGCUCCGAGUGCAGGGGCGAGUGGCUGGAGACGGUGGACUGCUUCCUCGGAGAAUGUCCUGUGGACGGGAAGUGGCAGCAGUGGUCCCUGUGGUCGGGCUGCUCCCAAACCUGUGGAGGGGGCAGUCAGCAGCGGAGCAGGGUCUGCUUUGGGCCGUUCUUUGGAGGUCAGGCAUGUCCCGGAGACCGCGAAGAGGUGCGCAGCUGCAAUGAAAAGCGCUGCCCAGAGCCUUAUGAAAUCUGCGCAGAAGACAAUUUCAACAAUGUGGUUUGGAAGAAGACCCCAGCGGGAGACACGGCGGCGGUGAGGUGUCCACCCAAUGCCGUGGGUAUGAUAUUGCGCCGCUGUCUUCUUGAUGGCGAGGGCAUCGCCUUCUGGGAAAAUCCUACUUACAUGAAAUGUAUCUCCAAUGACUAUCGCAGCAUUCAAACCUCAACGCGGGAGCACUUGUCCAAGGCGCAGAGGGGCCUUGUGGGAGAUGGAGUUUCGGAGGUGAUGAACAAACUCAAAGUGACGUCCAGUGAUGGCACCAGCUACAGCGGAGACCUGCUGGCAACUAUAGAUGUCCUGAAGAACAUGACGGAGAUCUUCAGACGAGCCUACUACAACCCCAGUUUAGCCGACAUAAGGAACUUCGUGCAGUCUGUGAGCAACCUACUGAUGGAGGAGAACCGCGACAGAUGGGAAGAAGCACAACUGCUGGGACCAAACAUCCGAGAGCUAUUUCGUUUGGUGGAGGACUUUGUGGAUGUGAUUGGUCUGAGGAUGAAGGACUUCCAGGAUAUGUACGAGGUCACAGACAACCUGGUGUUGAGCAUCCACAAGCGGCCAGUGUCGGGCCAUGCAGACGUCAGCUUCCCCAUGAAGGGCUGGAGGGGGAUGGUGGACUGGGCACGCAACUCUGAGGACCGCGUCACAGUGCCCAAGAACAUCCUGGUGACCGGGAAACCUGAUGCAGAUGACUCCUCUACGUUUGUGACUGGGAUUGUCCUCUACAGAAACCUGGGGAGCAUCCUUGCUCUGCAGAGAAACAACACGAUUCUGAACUCAAAGAUUCUUUCGGUGGCCAUCAAACCGAGCCCGGCCUCCUCGCUGUCUGCUCCCGUGGUCGUGGAGUUCUCUCAUCUUUACAACGGCACCACCAAUCAGUCCUGCAUCUCCUGGGACGAGAGUGACAGCCGCUGGAAAAUUAAAAGUGUCGCUCACGGCCCCUCCUCCCCUCCUCCCCCAUCGCCUUCUAUCCCCCGAUACUCGGACUCGCUGGAGAAGAAGGCACUUUUUAACGGAGCGGGAGACGGAAGCUGGAGAUUUUUGAGGCAGCAGCCCAGCCAUUUCAAUGCAAGUGCAGUGCUCAUCCUGUUUAAUUCAAAUCCCCUCCGCGCCUCUGUGUGA